AAAUUCUUAGUAUAUAACGUUAAAGAAUUGGAAUUAUUGCUUAUGCACAACAAAACAUUUGCAGCUGAAAUUGCGUCAAAAGUCAGCUCUAGAAAAAGAAUUUCAAUUCUUGAGAGAGCUCAACAAUUGAAUAUUAGGGUUACCAAUUCUAAAGCUCGUGUUAGAUCUCAAGAGGUUGACUAA